AUGUUUCCAAACAUCGAAGAAAUAAUUCUUAGUAAUAAUAGACUCGGUGCUAUUGACUGGGAAGCGUUUCGUCUAUACAAAUUACGGCGUUUAAUUCUUUCAUAUAAUUCCUUAACAGCUAUCAAUGAACAUAUGUUAAGAUUUACGCCAAAUCUCGAAGUUCUCGAUCUUAGUCACAAUUAUCUUAUUCAUGUUCAAAGUAGCAACUUUUUUUCCGCACAAAAAUUGAGAUCCAUUAAUCUCUCCUAUAAUCACAUCAAAAGAUUCGAUUAUGACUCGUUCUCACCACUUUAUCAGCUGCAAACGUUAGACCUAUCCUAUAAUGAAUUUAUUAACGUGCCUGCGGGCGAUUUGCGACAACUCGUCGGUUUGCGUACUUUGAAUCUUAGUGGUAAUGCAUUCGACAGGAUUCUCGAUGGAGAUUUUGUUCAUCCAGUUUUACAGGAAUUGGUUCUAUCGAACUGUCAUUCAUUACGACUCAUUGAAUCGAACGCUUUUUUUGGAUUACCAUAUCUUACAUUAAUUGAUCUCAGUUGGGCAUCGUCUUUAGUUUAUAUUUCACCACAAGCGUUUGCAAAUAAUACUCUGCUUUACAGGAUAAUUCUUACGCAUACGCAGUUAGAGACUAUACCGAAGCAUUUAUAUACAGUUCCCAAAAUUGCUAUCAAUGAUAAUCCAUUUCAAUGUGGCUGCGUAGCAAAAAUGGUAAAAAAAUUUCAAGAUCAUAUCAUAGAUGUUGCAAAUGCUAGUUGUUUUAUGCUCGAAGGUACGCGGAAAAGAUUAUCAGAAUCCAUAGAAAAAAUCGACGAACCUUGUCGGCCAGAACCGAUUGUGCCAUUUGGUGAAGUGCUUUCAGCUACUGUUGGGCAAUAUUUUUCUCUAUAUUGUGCAUCCAGAAAUUUCGAUGAUAUUGUUCUUUGGAGGUUUCCAAACGGAACAGAAAUUAUUGCGAACAAUGCAACGCAAUUAUCCCCUUCAAAGCCAGCUAAUAUUUAUGAUCUUUUUCCAUUAGCCGUGAAUGAUCCACAAAAUAUUAAUUCUUUCUCGCAAACCAAUCAACCACGAAUAUUUAUAACUAAAGAACGAAUUCGCUUUGAUGUGAUUCUUAUGGAUGAUGAAGGUGAUUAUAGAUGUUCACUAUUUUUGCAGAUCGGAUCACAUUAUGUGGCACUUGCUUGGAAUGGCUCUUUGGCAAUUAAAGCAUCUUACCGCAUCAAUCUCUAUUUGACUGUUAAAGACUUAAGUAGUGCGGCAGGCCGUAGUAUCCAACUAUCUUUACACAAUCCUUGGCUCAGUUAUAGCGUUAUGAGGCUCAAGCCUAACCAAAAUUACACUUUCUGCUUGGUAUAUAUUCUACUGGAAAGCGGCUUUAGUAAGACGAUUUAUGAAACAUGUACACAAGAAACAACUGCACCCAGUUUGUCGAUUUUGAAUUCCCUAACUUUAACUACUUUAUUGGCAUUCUUUAUAAUUAUGCUAUUGUUUUGCAGUCUGUUCUUUAUAAAAAGUUUAUAUGUGCGUCUUCACAUCUGGCAACAGCAAAAAUAUAGAUCAAGAAUGAAUCAAAGUAUAAGUGGUCAAAGUUUUAUAUCUACAACUUCAUCAACAUCAAGAGAUGCAUCAAUAACGUACGAAAAUCAGUUAAGUGUGAAUCAAUCAGUGCCAUUAUAUAGGUUCAGAAUUUCGAAUCCAAAUAUUUUAGAAGAAGUUACAGCUGAAGAUUUGUCGACAACCGAAAACAAUGCUCUUUGA